UCAUAGGAUUGUAACCAUAUUCCCUCCGACCCGUACCUCCUUUCCCUAAAUACCUAUCGGGCAUCAUCCUAAAUCAAAUUCCCGCAUCCCCGCAAAUUAUAAAGGCAGUAAAAUGGUGCAGUAGCAUCCUCGCCGACAAGUAAGGAUUCUUGGGUGUCAUAGUCGCUUACUCGGGGACCUCAGACCCGGCUAUCUAUUUCCCGAGAGAUCUCGGGAAUCUCACUAAUAUGCAACGAUCUCUCAAGAAAAAACAAUGGAAAGUUUCUGGAAGGAUUUUUGAGUUCUUUAGAAAAAUAGUCCACCACACGGGCUUCUUUGUUAGGGGGAAAUAUAAUCGGCGACCUCAAUUUUUUUUUUAGAUGGGGCUGGCUUCCUCCCUUUCAUGGAUGAAUACUUUCAAAAUACCGGUGAGAGAACCAAUCUGACUACGGAGAAUUCAUCAAACAAAGGAAGGUAGGAAGAUAGCUAUGUACCUCGUAAGUACUAUCAAGUAAUGAAUUUGCGAUCAUGUACCGUUAUAGGUCUGUCAUUUUCAUGCACAAGGUGUACAUUAUUUCAUAGUAUUUUUUUCACAUUUGUGGAAAGCUUGCGAAGUUUCUUGCAAGUGGAGGUCAUCCUCAGUUUGAUAAAUUUGAGUGAAUAAAGAAUGGAUCAAAGAAUUGUUCAAUCGUAUCUUAUUACCUAGGUAGUUAAAGAAGUGAAUCAUUUUCUUCAUAUGAUUAUGACAAAUCCUUCUAGCAUGGUCGAGGUAUCAAAGUUGCUACUUCCCACAUAUCAAAAUACUAGUACCAAAACUCAAGACGCUAUGAAAGACACGAUUCAAUUUCUUGAAUGAACUUAAAUUUUAGUUCAUGAAGAUCGUCUCUGUUCCAUAUACAUAUACUUCAACUUCCAACCAUAUUCUCUCUCAAGAUGGUUCACAUUGAGAUCCGGAAUAACGAAUUCGCCAUGAUUUCAAUUUCUUCAACAACAGGAGCAAAAUCAAUAUUAAGUGGUGUACUUUUUGGUGCAGCACUUACUGCAGCAGGAGUUUAUUCUCCUACUGUGAUUGUAUCGCAGAUGAAGUUGGAAUCUUUUCAUAUGCUGAAAGUAUUUCUAUCAGCAAGUGCUACUAGCGCAGCGAUAUUCCUCAUCGCUCAUCGUCUCUCACCAACUAUCGCUCCUCCUCGGCAACCCUCUUCCCUGUCCUUAUUUCCCUACGAUGGAAAUCUCAUCGGAGGUCUUCUCCUCGGUACUGGUAUGGCACUUACAGGUGCCUGUCCCGGGACCGUUCUCCCUCAAAUCGUAACCGGUUAUUCAUCCGGACGUUACGCCUUCCUCGGAGGAAUUCUUGGCGGAAUUAUAUAUUCUUUCAUCCGUCCCUUCAUCCGUUCUCCCAGCACUCGUCCAAUCGUUCCCGAUUCCAAGCCAACACUAUAUCAAAAACUCGGCCCCAAAGCCGAUGAGCUAAAAGCAGUUUAUGUUUAUCAAAAUUUCUGUUGGGGAAUCAUUCUUCUUGCUUCGUGGCUUUCAAAUUCUCAGGAACAAAGUUUGUUGAGUGCGACGUGGGGAGGUAUUGGUAUCGGGUGUGCGCAGGGAGCAAGUCUUUGGUUGACGGGGAACACAUUGGGGACUAGUGCUGCGUAUGAACAGAUUGGAGAUUUAUUCUGGUGGGGGUUGGAGAGGUUGAGGGGUGGUGAUGUUGUUUCUGAAAAGGUUUAUGAGAAUGGAAAUGGAAAUGGGAGCGGUGUAUCGAAACACCACGAAAUCACUCAACAAAGACCACGCCCCUCCAUCCGCUCAAACCUCUUUACCCUCGGUAUCCUCCUCGGCUCCUACAUCCUUUCUCACACUUUUACAUUACCAUCUUCUCUUACCUCCCCUCUCCCUAAAAUAUCCCUCGACACACCCACCAUCCCAGAAAUAUCAAUAAUUCAUGCCCUUCUAGGAGGCAUAGCCAUGGUCCUCGGUGCACGCAUAGCAGGCGGUUGUACGAGUGGACAUGGUAUUAGUGGAAUGAGUUUAUUGAGCGUUAGUAGCAUUAUUAGUGUGGCAGCUAUGUUUGGCGGUGGUAUACUAUGGGGCACUGUUGUUGGUUGAUGGCGUUUGAAAGGGAAAGAAGUCAAAGAAAGAUUUAGAGAGCGGGGAGAAGGAAUAUUACACGGGUUUUGGGAGAUAGACUGGGAUCUGGUGAUAUCUUACUGGUCGUGGAGACCCAAAUGAGCUAGACUUGAACUGGGAAAAGAAUUUACAGCGAUUCGAAUAAUGGAUUUAUGGGCGAAGAGAGGAAAGGGGUGGGAUGGAAUGGUGAAUGGUGGAGUGGUUAUACCCAGUUUGAUUACUUGCUCACUUAUCUUAAUUCUUCUUUACAUAUUUGCAUACUCGCUCUUGUUGCUCAUUUACUUUUAAUUCUGUGUUAGCGAU